AUGCUCACGGUACGCCGCGCAAUUAAUUCGAUUUGCAUCUUUUUAAGCUGAGGUUUUUUUCCUUAAAGUGAUUUAGAAAAGACAAGUUAAAAAGGCGUCAUUUUGUCAUUGAUUAAUCACUAUUUUGUUGUCGUGUCUCAAAAUGAUGGUCAAUGUCAUAUACGUUACUCACGCGCUGAAGCUGGCGCGACAGGCACUCUGGCAAAAGCCUUCUAUGAUUGGUUGGAAGCAGGGGGCCUUUCUUUCCGAUGGCUCAAAGGCUUAAGAUAGAAACACAAAAGACUGUUGAGUGUGGAAUGCCCCGAAGGUCAUUAGAAUGUUUUUUUUUUAAGUAAUUUAGAAAAAGAUAGUCGAUCUAAACAGCUACAAGUUGGAAAUUGAAUUGAAAUAUAUGUAUACUGGUUCAAUGCAUGCAGCGGCUUUCCAUUAACAGCUUCCUAACUAAAGUGUAUAAACGACUUAGCUCCAGAUUUCUGGGAAUCAUAAACCACAAAAAUAAUAACAAGCCUCUCACAACAAGGCUCUUUGAUUGGUUAAUUCUCCUUUGACAUUCCGAGAAAAGCUAAACAAGACUUCAUUGUUCAGUGUGAACUGCUUCAAGGGUCACAGCUCACUUGUUGUUGACGACAUCAUGGACCUUACAACUUUGUUUCACAAUCUUCGCGAAGAAGUGUCUUGUUCGGUGUGUUCGGACUUAUUUACGGAUCCUAAACAUCUCUCCUGCCUGCACAGUUUCUGCUUAAAGUGUUUGAAAAGAUGGUACGAAACGUGUGGGGGCGGAGACGUCAUUAGAUGUCCGAAGUGCCAAACCCUCAGCCAAGUUCCCGCAAGGGGUGAUCUUAAAGAUCUUCCAACAAGCUUUUAUUUGAACCGCUUAAUCGAUGUCCUUGCCAUCAAAGAAUGCAAAAACACUCAGGUGACAUGCGGAAACUGCGACAAGAAGAGCUCAGAAGCUUCGUAUUGUUUCCAGUGUUGCAUAUUUUAUUGCGAAGAAUGUUUACUCGGUCAUAACAUCAUGCGAGACAAGAAGGAACACCGCGUUUUGGCCGUAAAAGAGUUCCAAGACAGGGACUAUGAAGAUGUGUUAAAGCGACCAGUAUUUUGUUCAAGACAAGGAAACCAGAAAGAGGAGCUGAAAUUAUUUUGCAAGGAAUGUGAGAUGGCAGUUUGCCAAACUUGCGUCAUGCUAGAUCACAAUGGUCAUAAGUUAACGCUGAUCGAGGAAGAAGCUGUGAAUCAAAGACUCGAGAUAAAAACUGUUAUCGAAACACAACGACACAACUUAGACGAAAAGAUGAACGUUGUCGCUAAGCUAGAUGAAGAUUAUGCUAAAGUGAUUCAACAGAACGAAAAUUUGAAGGGCGAUGUCCAAAGGUUUGCUGAUGGGUUGAUAAAAACAAUUCAAGCAAAAAUGCAAAAUGUUAUUGACGCGAUAGAAAACCAAACGAAGAAGUCACUUGAAAGAUUAACAGCAAAAAGAGGUGAGAUUCAGCAACAGAUAAAUGUUAUUGAAUCGUCAUUGGAAGAAGCUGAUAAACUUCUAAAACGAAGCACCACCGCGGAAGUUGUUCAGCUUAAAAAAACACUGCAAACAAUCUUUCAGGGCGUGGAUGAGACAGAGCCUAUUGUUCAUGACCGCAGCAGUCUGCAAGCGUUUGUUUUCGUAGAAAAUCAGAAGAUGCUUGAUGUCGUCAACGGCGAAGAAAUUGGAUUCUUGGAAGAAGGUUACCGAACAAAAGCAAAAGAAUCACUGGCUGAAGGUGAAGGACUGAAAGAAGGAACUGUUGGACGUAAAGCUCAAUUCAAUUUGAUCACAAGAAACGCAGAGAGAAAGCAGUGGUACGAUGAAGGGGACCGUGUAACGGUAGAGAUGAGGGACGAGCAAGAACGAGAAUGCGUGACGGAAGUAAGAAUAGAUGAUAACAAGGAUGGAAUCUACAACAUCGGUUGUUUUCCUAGAGUUCAAGGGACAAUAAAGUUAUUAGUUAAGGUAAACGGGGUACAUAUUCAUGGUAGCCCUUUUGCAGUGAUUGUAAAACCAUUUCAUGUCAAACCUGUUUUAUCUUUUGGAGAGAAAGGCUCGGGUGAUGGAAUGUUUAUGUAUCCUUAUGGGGUGGCUGUGAGUGAUGGGGACGAAAUAGUAUUAGCUGACAGCAAUAACCAUCGGGUUCAAGUGUUUGACCGUAAUGGUACUUUCUUAAGAUUUUUUGGCCGCGAAGGUAAAAAUGCUGGAGAGUUCAAAUACCCUAUUGGAAUAGCCAUUAAUAAGGACAGGAAUAUUUUUGUGGCAGACACUAACAACCACAGAAUACAGAUUCUUAGUUGGGAGGGGAGGCACCUGGGUUCAUUUGGCGGAAAAGGAAGCCUUGAUAGUCAGCUCACCUUCCCUUGA